AUGAAGGGAGACAAUUUUUACAGAAAAGAGUCUUCAAAGGAAGAGAAAGAAAAUAAGGGGAAAGAUAAGGAGGAGAAGGAAGAAGAUAGGUUAACUAAGUUACCUGAUGAAAUUAUUCUACACAUCCUUUCUUUUGUUGAUGCAAAAACCACAGUUCAAACAUCUGUUCUGAACAAACGGUAUAGGUAUCUCUGGGCUUCCCUGCCCGUUCUUAACUUUGUUGACUCAUUCGAUCUUCCUGAAAUUUUUAAUUCUUUUGUAAGACAUUUUUUGGCUUACAGAGAUACUUCCAUCAAUAUUUUCAAUGUUAAUUUAGAGUUUCUAUAUAGUUAUGAAGAUGAAUAUUUCAGAGACUACAUGGUAGACCUCAUCGUAAACUCCACCAUUGAGCAUGUUAUUGGUACACCAUCCGUCACCACUACCAUUGAGGGACUUACAAUUGAUUCUUAUUCUCUUAUGAGUGAUCUUCCUAAACUCUCUGUGUGUACAUCUCUAACUACUCUCAAACUUUCUAACAUAUCAAUUGAUACCGCAAAUUUCGAUAUUCCAACUCUUAAACACCUAUACCUCUGUUAUUGUCAAUUUGAUUGUGAAUUGGAAAGCCCUUUUGAUCCAUUUAAGGGUUGUAUCAAUUUAGAAUCUUUAUAUUUUCAUGGUUGUACGUACUCUGCUGAAAUCAAUACCUUCAAAAUCUCUCCCUCUCACCUUGUAGAUUUAAAUAUGUCUGGUUUCAUAUCGAAUGGGUACUUUCUAUCUGACUCUGUCUUUAAGCUUCAAUCACCAAGGCUUAAAUAUUUUAAAUAUACUGGUUAUGAUAAUUUGUAUCCUAUUCUCACUGAGAUUAAUCUUCUCUUUGUGGAGAAAAUAUAUAUUGAUUUACGUUGCUUGGAUAAUGAUACUAAUUCCUUAUAUACUUUGAUUGAGCUAUUUGAAAUCAUGCAAAGUGCAACAUCCAUAUCUUUGUCAUUAGAAAUCAUUCAUGUUUUAUCUAUGUUUUCUUAUGAAUUAGAGGAUAAAUGUUCUCCUUUCACUAGAAUGCAAAAUUAUGAGAUAAUAUGCGAUGAUUCUUCCUCCGCCAUGCCUCGGGACGAGCAAUAUUGA